UCUUCGUUUCCUUUUUGUGUUUUUGUUUCUCUCUUUCGCUGGAACAUAACGGACGUGUCGUUGCGUCGUCCUCCUCGUCGCGCGCGUGUGUGUGUGUGGUGUCUGUGUGUACUGAAACAUUUUGGGGUCGUAGCAAAUCGGAGAAAAAUUCUUAAUUAUACAAUACAAUACUCGUGCUUGUUCUCGCAGCGAAUCGAAGUGAGGCAAUUGUGAGAUUUGGCCGGAAAGGAAGAAUACGAAAAAAUUAGCUGAAUUACUGCUUGACAACGAAAAGUUUAUCACAUAGUAAAUACAAAAUACAUCUAAGGUUAAUCAUAUUGCUUAAUCAGAGAACUGCGGUUUCAAACGUCUUCGUCUUCCCCAUCUUCUUUACUGAAAUGCAACUAACACCAAACAACCAAAACCACCAACAACAACAUCGAAUGGAUUAAAACAAAAACCAAGAACUUUAAAAGAGAGCAGUGAGAGAGAGGCGUCGGCUAACGGCUUAUCAAUUGACAGCGCGUGGAGAAAGAGGGAGAGGGAGAAGAAGCAGAGCGCUGAGUUUGCUAAAUACUCAAACUAACAAACACUUUCAAAAAACUGUACAUACAUUAGGGCGUGUGUGUUGUAAAGGCGUAAAUACAGCAGUCCACUGAAACACUUGCCAAUACUGGACAGAGUUGCCUGCAAUAUGCGCAACGGUUUUCGGCAUAGAGGAGCGUGCGCCACGAAACGCACUGAAUCGAAACGGAACAGUAGGAAUCUAUAAUGCAACAGCAACAGGAAGAAUUCGAAACAGAAACAGAAACUGUUGGAGGAAAGGAAAACAUUUGGAAAAUGUUGUUCCCGAAAACUGAAGAAAAUGCAUCGUUUUCUUAACAUCCAGCAAAAUAUCAAACUUCGCAAUUAUCAUCAAUUACUUUUGUAUUUUGUCGCUGCUGCUGGAGGAAGAACGGAAGUGAGAAGAGGGACGACCGGAACCGGAAAGAAAAGCCUUCGCAAGGGAAGCAGAGCAGCAGCAGCAGCAGCAGUAGCAGUUACGUAGAAGUGACGUUAAGAACAAACGCAACGUAACGCCACUAAUCGCAACGUGAAGAGUAGUUGAAGCAUAAUAUUAUUCUAUUAGCCCAAUACGUUUAACCCAACGCUGCCACUGUUCCUAAGACAUUACAUUUUUGACAAAAAACUAGAAGAAGAAACCAUUUGAAAUAAACGUAGACCAUAGUCGUAACCUUAAAACGAAACGCCAACGCCUCUACACAAUAUACGCUACUAAAACACGAAUCCUAUGCCACUUUUUGAUCAUCAAAUCGUUUAGCACCUAUCAUAGACCCCCACGCCUCCCAUAAACGCCUCAUCAAACGUCAAAAUCUCAAACGACACUAUCGCAAGCCAGAAAAUCCAACUAAAACAACAAAAAGCUGACGUUGUUUUUGAAAAAUACCUAAAACCCCAACAAAAAAAAACAAAAAACAACGCCGAUCUCGUCCCUUUUGUCACGCACACCAAAAAAAAAAAAAAACACAACAAAAUAGACAAAAAUAAAUAAAGGCUGGCUAAGGCUAAGGAAAGCGGAAAAAUAUGGCCACACCCCAAGUCAAGGACUUGGUAUUGCGCUCGCCCGCCGGCUCCUCCGAUGUCAUUUCAUUCGCCUGGCCCCUGCAGAUUGGGCAUGGACAGGACAAGCACGAUAAUGGCAUCGACAUCAUCGACACCAUUAAGUACGUCUGCGAUGAACUGCCAUCGAUGUCAUCGGCCUUCGAGGAAACCAAUCUCCACCAAAUUGACACUGCCUGCUAUAAGACUAUGACCGGUCUGGUCGAUCGCUUCAACAAGGCCGUCGACAGCAUCGUUGCAUUGGAAAAAGGAACUUCACUGCCUGCCGAGCGCCUGAACAAGUUCGCUCACCCUAGCCUUCUAAGACACAUAUUGCAAUUAGUUUACAAUGCCGCCGUACUCGAUCCGGAUAAACUCAACCAGUACGAGCCCUUCUCGCCAGAGGUUUACGGCGAGACGAGCUAUGAGCUUGUGCAGCAGAUGCUCAAGCACGUCACUGUCAGCAAAGAGGACACGUUCAUCGAUCUGGGCUCGGGAGUGGGCCAGGUGGUCCUCCAGAUGGCAGGAUCAUUUCCGCUGAAAACCUGCAUCGGCAUCGAGAAGGCCGACACUCCGGCGCGAUAUGCGGAACGCAUGGACGUCUUUUUUCGCCAGUAUAUGGGAUGGUUUGGAAAGCGUUUUUGCGAAUACAAGCUUAUAAAGGGUGAUUUCCUGGUUGAUGAGCAUCGGGAAAAGAUCACGUCAUCGACGCUGGUCUUUGUAAAUAACUUCGCCUUUGGGCCAACUGUGGACCAUCAGCUCAAGGAACGGUUCGCCGAUCUUCGCGACGGAGCACGGGUCGUGUCCUCGAAGUCGUUUUGUCCGCUGAAUUUUCGGAUCACAGACAGAAACCUCAGUGACAUUGGCACCAUCAUGCACGUCAGCGAAAUUCCGCCCCUUAAGGGGUCCGUUUCCUGGACCUGCAAGCCCGUUUCGUAUUACCUACAUGUGAUCGAUCGCACCAUUUUGGAACGAUACUUUCAGCGCCUGAAAACCAAAGGCGGUAACGAUCACGAGAGCGUGGGAACUGUACGAACCACACGUGAUCGCGCCAAGCGAGAGGCGAACGUUGGCCAGCACCAUCACAAUAAUCAUCAUAGCAACAGCAACAACCAUCAGAGGGAGCGGGAGCAGUCUAACGGAGCUACCGCUUCUGCUGCUCAUCAGCAACGCCAUCAGUCCCAGUCGCCAGCUAAUGUGAGCGGUGCGGGAAUUGCAGUUGCAGCUAGCGGGCAACAAGCAGCCUCCAAAACACGCCAGCAACUGCAGCAUCAGCAUAACCAGCAGCAACGCAGCCUGGACAUGGAAAGCAGCACGGAGAGCGAUGGCGAGGCAACGAAUGGUAAUGGUGGCAAUACAACCACCGCCACCAAUACCACCUCCGCCUCGAAUGGUCCUAUGACUAGGAAAGUUUGGUCCGACUGGUGCAGUUCGAAGGGCAAGAGUUCGCAGUCUGACGACGAGGAGAACAACAACUCGAACAGCAAUGGCGGAAGUAACGGUGGUAGCAUUGGAGCGGGAUCAGUUGGUCGGCAGGCUCGAGCUACUACCCAGAAAAAGCGCAAAAAGUUGACAAGGAAAGCAGCGAUAGCCAGCAAAUCCGCGGCCGCUGCACAAAGGGAAGCGGAGGCUGCAGCAGCGGCGGCAUCGGUGGCUAGCAAAGAGUCCAGUUCCAAAGAGGAUCCACCAAGGGCUGCUAGCGCCGGACCUGGUCGCAAGGGACGCAUGAAGAAGGGUGCGCGUGGCAGAAAGUCUUUAAAGAUUGUUGGAUUGGAAGCUCUGCACAAACAAACAGUGUUGAGUACCUCCUUGGAUACCAUGACCAAGAAGUUGCCAGCAGCACCUGGAACCGUGGAUCAACAGCUUACUGCUUUGCUCACGGAAAACAUGGCACAUACAGAGUUGGAUAUACCAGCGGCGCCACAAGAUACGCCUUAUGCCUUGCAGAUCCUUCUAGAUGUGUUCCGUUCGCAGUACACGACGAUGAUCGAGCACAUGAAGUCAAGUGCCUAUGUCCCACAGGUUCAGAAGCAGAUUGCCCAGGAGCAGGAGCGGAUGGCCAGGCUGAAAAACAGAGCCAGCCAGUUGGACAAGCAGAUAAAAGUGCUGAUCGAUGACAGUGUUGCUUUACUUAAAGUGCGGAUGAAUGAGCUGGGCAUCCAUGUUAAUUCACCCAACGAUUUGAUUGCCCAGGCAAAGGAGAUCGUGGGUAGACAUAAGGAUCUACAGCACACUGCAAGUAGAAUGCGAAACGAAGUAACCUUUUACGAAGGCGAACAGAAGCUGCUGCUUAACAAACAAUUGAAAAACUUACCCGAGUAUCAGAAACUCUGUGGUACUGUUAAUGGAAAGGUGAAGCUGGAGGUGCCACCGGAACUUUCAGAGACCACCGCCCAGGAGCUGGUACUAAAGGAGAUCGCCAACACGCUAAGUCAACGGAAGAAACUUUACGCGCAGGUUUCCACCAUUGAACAGGAGACCUCUGUGUUGCAGAAGACUGCAGAGGAAAGGUCCACUGCAGCGACGCUUUUGGCGCAAGGAACAAAUAUGAUCGUGUCAACCGGAUCAUCUUCCUCCUCCUCUACAACUGUUUGUGCAAGUGCAGUGACAGUGCAGGGCAACAAGUUAAACUCCGUGAAGAACUCUCGACGCAGUCGCGAGCACCGUGCGCGUUCUCAGGAGUGGCCAGAGGUUCCCGAAGUGGGUAAGAUCCAGGAAAGCAAUCCCGAAGUGCUGGCACAGAAAAUCGUGGAGACCUGCCGCCAAAUCGAAGCUGGCAAGUUCCAAGGAGUAGCCGCACCCUCAUCCCAAGUGAACGGCAAGAAUAAAGCAAUGUUAGAGGUCCCACCACCUCCGCCCACUGCUCCAGUGAGCAUUAAAUCCUCACCUGGGCACCACUUUAAAGACACAACAUUGAUGCCAGCACCCAAGCAACAACAACAGCCACAACAAAUGACGAUUUCCGCGCUUCCGAAGUGUGAGCUGCCCGGACUAUCUGCUAGUCGCAAGCAGGAAUCCCCCAAGGUUGCCAACUUUGAGGAUCGGUUAAAGAGUAUCAUCACCACGGCCUUAAACGAAGAUCAGGAGCAGCGCAGCAAGGCAGUGGAGUCCUCACCCUCUCCCUCUCCACUUCACAGUCCAGCACCCAAGCGAUCAAAGCAGCACCCAGCUGGAGCGAUAAACCCUGCCCAGUCGCUGCCAAACAAUCUGCACAACAUCAUUACCGUCUCCACGCAGGGUUUGAUGCAUCUUAAUGCCAAUACAACAAUAUCCCCAGUGACACCACCAUUGCCGGGUCCAUGUGCAGGAGCCACCGCAUCUACGGCGCCGCCUCCGCCGGCGAAUCUUCCAUAUGGGGCGUACGGCGGGGCAGUGGCCAAGACAACUGUAUCGGGCAAGUACCAGGCAGCUAAAGAACCGAAGUAUUCGCCAGUUAGACAGGCACCAUUGCCGCCGCCUCCCUCCUCCCACAUGGCUGCUUUGUAUCCAGCUGGACAGCAGACAACUCCGGCGGACCUCGGUUACCAGAGGCGACGCAGUUCUGUAAGUGCCACGAGCUAUGAACACUAUAUGGUCCAGCAGCAGCAGCAAAUCCAGCAACAGCAACUUAUGUUAGCAGCAGCUGCACAUGCUGCCCAGCGUCAACAGAUGCGCGUAGAGGAACAACAGCAGCAACAUCAUCAGCAGCAGCAGCACCACCACCAUCCGCAACAUCGUCUGCCGCACCAUGUGCAGCAUCAGCAUCCGCAUCCGCAUCAUCCCAAUGAGUUCAAGGCGCCGCCGGCUGACAGUCAUCUCCAGCGAUCGAGCAGUCGUGAGCAGUUAAUAGUGGAGCCACCGCAAUUGCAACCACUGGAACUGCUGCCUCGAGCAAGUUCCGCCAAUUCGGAUUACAGCGGAUAUCGUAUCCGUCCGCCAAGCAGGCCAAGCUCCAACUCCUCGCAACCGGAUUACACGCAAGUUUCACCCGCAAAGAUGGCUCUGCGGCGGCAUCUGUCGCAGGAGAAGCUAAGCCAACAUGUCACGCCCCAGGCAACACCGCCGCUGCCAGGUCAUGGAGGGGCUCCCACAUCAGGCAAGACCAUUGGCGAUUUGGUUAAUGGGGAAAUCGAGCGAACACUGGAGAUAUCGCAUCAAAGCAUCAUUAAUGCGGCUGUAAACAUGAGCACUAGUGGCGCCAACUUCAUGGAGCGGGCCUUUCUUAAUGAGCGGUCCAACGAUCGUUUGCUUAUCAACUUGAAUGCCCAACGACCCGAGAGAGUUCAUGUUCGUCCGCUCUCCGAAGAAUCCCAGGAUCCACAGCCAACCAGUUAUGCUCAGGAGCGAGGACCUGCUGUAGGUGCUGGUGGAGCGGCAGUUGGAGGUAACAGCAAUCUGGCCACUUUGGCACAUGUAGCCUAUGCCCAAAAGGCACAAAGCGGCGCUCGAGCCAACGCAGGAACUGCCCCACCGGCAACCCACUCUUCCUCUGCUCGUUCUGGACGGGAAUAUCAGCCGGUUGCUUUGCCCCGUGCGGAGCUUAAGGGCAGCAUUGAGGCAUAUUUCCACGAGGAGCAGCAGCAGAAGCAGUCGAAGGGGGCAGGAUCAGCAGGAGCCUCAUCUUUGCGGGGAUCGCGUCUUAAUGGUGCUAAUCCACCAUUGGAAGGACUAGCGGCAUCGCUGCAGGAUCAUGUGCGUGCCAGGAAGUACAAGGAGGAGACCGAGGAGCGGCAACGGCGAGCAGCAGCCGCUGCUUCGUCUUCAGCGGGAAUACCGCCGCCUGGCAUGGAACUGGCAACACACUAUGCCCAGCAGGCUCCUCCAGCCCACAGCUACCACCACCAUGGCGCAAGCAUCAAUGGGACACCGCACAAAGUUGAACUGGGAAUAAAACGCAGCUCACCGCUGGCGUCGCAUCAGCAACCGCCACGUCCCUCGAAAUUGGCCCACUACGAGCCGCCAACGACGCAGCAGCAGCACCAUGCCCACUUGUACGCCAACGGUCAAGUGCUACCUCCGCCACCAGCUCAUGAUGCGACCACGCCCUCCCCGACGCCUUCGUCAUCUUCAUCGUCCUGCGGUCGUCGAAGCAGCAGCAACAAUGGAAAGUUGCUCGUGGAUCCACCUUUGCUGAUGAGUCCCGAGAUCAAUUCACUAAUGGGUGACGAAAGGCCUUUGCAGCUGUCGCACCACCCACAGCAGCAGCAGCAGCAGCAAAUGCUGCAUCACCAUCAAUCGCAGCAGCAGCAACAUCUGCAACUGACCCAACAGCAACUGCGCGUAGCACAUCUUGGACAUGGUCUUGGUCACAGCACGAUGCCCACUUUGGGCGGACAACGCAAUGGCAAUGCCGCCGACGAUGAUGAUGUUAUUGCCGCCGAUGAUGAGACCCACUGGCAGCAUCGAGUCAGCUCUGGUUUCGAUCGCCUGGUGGCCUUCGCCAGCACUGAACUGGACAAGACCAGGCGAAGCAUCGAUGGCGAUACGGUGCCGGCAUCGAUUAGUUGCAACACUUCUCCGGACUCGGGCAUUACGCACAGCAGUAGCAACUCGGAUGCGGUGCGCACAUUUUUGUCCACCUCAUCGAGCUCUUCGCAGCUGGAGCUGCCCAUAGGAAGCGGAGGUAGCAGCAGCAACAGUCUCUACAACCAUCAUGCCCAGCACAACAAUAUUGGAGGCAGUGGAGGAGGAAGCCACCCACAUCAGCAUCAGCAACAGCAACAGUUGCAGUCGCAACAUCAACAGCACCAUCUUUCCGAUCACAUGAGCGACAGUAGCAUCAAAUCCUCUGCAUCCUCCUCGCUGCUCGCUAGUAACUCGCUGAAAACCGUGUCGCCGGUGGAUCCCAGUGCCAUUGAGUCGCCGCCACUCUCUGAUGUUGGAUUGCCCCGAACUCCAAGUCCCAGUGCAGCCAGUGUGGCCACUCCACCUCUGGCCAGUGGACCACCCGUGUCCGGAGACUUGGGUGGUAUACCAUUGAAGUACCAGCGCAAGUCCAAGACCAGUUCGGAAAAGCAUUACAAAAAGAAAUUCUGCGAAAGAAACUGGGAGUACGACUGUGAUGAAUUGUUGGCCUACUCCAACUCCAGUGCACCGCCGACGGCAGCAGAUGCAGCGGGCAAUGGGCCACUUAACUUGGAUGCUUCCAAUGCUGUGGGAGGAGCAGCUGCACCGCUUUUGGGGAAAUCGGGAAAGUCGCCCAAGGAAAAGUCAUCACCGCACCACACCGGCUUAAGCCAUCAGCAGCAGCAGCAGCAGCACCAUCACAAAUCCUCAAAAUUUCGGCCAAAGGGCAAGGACUGGGACUGGUCAAUGGAUAGUCGGAGCCAAACGGGCGAGCUGCUGGCCGCCAGUAACAACGUGAACAUUAACAACAACUCAACCACCACAACGAGUAAUUAAUUUAGUAAACUAAUUUAGUUCAAUUUGCUGAAUGGAAAGGAGGGAAAUCCAGAAAAUGCAAUGCUUUCAUCCUUUUAGCCAGAUUAUUUGUAAAUUGCUACACGACGGAUACUGCGAAUUAUAAUGUAUUUGAUGAAGUUUUUUUAACUAAAUGAAUUGUGUAUGACUAGCUAACUUAAUGUAAGGCCCAGCUCUUCAA